GCGGCAGCCGCCCCGCUCCCCGCCGGCAGCCACAGCGGGCGUAGGGCUGCGGUGUGAGGCGGCCCCGCCAGGCUCGCCCGCCGCCGGCCCCGCUCCUCAGGGAUCGGCGAGCAACCUCUGCGGCGAGCGGGGCUGGGCGGCGGGGCGCUGCCAGCCGGGCCAUGCCGUGUCGGGCGCCGCUCCUCUCCCUCGUCCUUCUCUCCCUUCUCGUCCUCCUCCUCCUCGGCUCAGUCCGGGCCUCAGGCACAGAAUCUUCUCCCCGUUUACCGGCACCGAAGAAUGUGAUGGUUUAUUCCUAUAACUUUCGUAGUUUGCUGAGGUGGUCUCCUGUUGAAGUGGAUAGAGGCUUGGUGUUAUAUACAGUCCAUUUUAAAACGGGGUUCUUAAACGAGUGGGAUGAGAUGAACUGCACGCGUAUCGCCCAGACUGAAUGCAGCUUCCCCUGGUCACUGAAGGAGCGCAGAUGGACAGUUUUCUUGCGCGUGAGGGCUGAGUUGGGGCAAGCGACUUCCGACUGGGUGGAAACAGAUGCAUUUGUGGCAGAGAGAAACACUACUAUAGGUCCCCCUAAAGUGAACAGUGUGACUGAAAGCUCUGACUCGCUUCUCGUUAGAGUGACGCCUCCUUUUGUACCUGAAGCAGGUUACUUUCCUGAGUAUUAUGUGUCUUACUGGGAGAACGCGACAAGUACUAUUAAAAGAGAGAUAAAGCUGAGCAAUACACUAUUCAAAAUUGAAAAUCUGAAGGAAUUGACGCUUUAUUGUUUUAGAAUUCAAGUAGUAUUGAAGGUAUAUCCGGAUCUCCAGUUACUUGGACUGCCAAGUGUCCCAGAGUGUUACAGAACUACAAUCAGUGAGGCAACCAAAACUGGACAUCUUAUACUAAUAUUAAUUUUGGUGUUACUUUUUGUAACUCUGGCAACAGUUGGUUUGUUUCAUCUGUGGAGACACCACAAAGCAAUUAAAUAUUGGCUUCAGCCACCUUUAGAAAUCCCAUCACACUUUGAAGAGUAUUUGAGGGACCCGAGCAUGCCUGCUUUAGAAGGGUUGGACAAUCAUCCUGAGGACGAUCCCCAAGAUUCCUUAUCUGUUAUAUCUCACGGAGAAGGAAGCCAAGCCUGUGGCAGCAGUUUGGAUGGUCAAGCUCGUUCACGCAGCAUCUCCAGCGACAGUGAAAUAACUUAAGCAGCACCCCAGUGCGAGUGUCUGUACCGAGUGUUUGCAGAGCAAAGUGAGCAGUUCUGGGUGGCUACUGGCAGGACAGACAAAGAGGUCUCGACAAAAAGUGGCCCCUGACAAAUCCUGAAUGAGAGGGUGCUUCUUGAGAAUAGCAUGGACCCUGAGCCUUUGUUCUGCUACAAGAGCAACUGUGUUCUGCUGAAGAGACUUAAAAGGUGGAACAUGAAAAGGAAAUGAACACUAAAUUGCCUAAAGAAAGACAGAUAGUUAUAUUAACAUAAUUUUAUUUCCCACCCCAAAUUGAAAUAAAGCUUUGAGAAAUAAUGGCACUUUAUGCUACAAUGUAGUACAACCUGUAAUUUUUCAGUGACUGAAUAAUUGCAUCAUGAAUUACUUUUAUGGUGGCUUUCGGUUUGUUGCCUUAUUUGUGAAGUCUGUGUUAGUACUCUAUGUGCAUUAUCUCCACCCCAGUAUGCUUUUCUGAAUCAUUUUAAGUAUGUGCCACUUCAGAUAAAAACAGCAGUUACAAAUAACUUUUAUAGUUCUUCAUUGUCCUCCAUGUGAAUCUGUGCAAAGACCUGCUCCAAGAAAGGCCUCCUAAUAUCUUGCCUCCUAACACAGUCAUGAGAAGCAUUAAUCUGCUCCUGCAGUGAGACAGUUGUUCUUCCCAACAAAACAAACCUUAAAAUAAUUUUGCUGAGAAUUUAUAUAACAUGUAUCAGUAAUUAUCAGACACUAAGAAUCUCGUGCUGACUGUCAGAUUAGUCCUGCAAAUAAAGAGUUGACCAAGAGUUGUGGUUUGUGUCCCUGAAAGCAGAAGGCUGUAAGUUAAGCCUCACAUCACAAUCCUUGGUGGGGGGGCUGGGGCAAAAGGUGGCACAGAGAACAAUGAACCACUUCUGCAGUAGAAAAAAAUGGCUUUUAUUUGUUUGACUUUUUUCCUAGGUUUGGUAUAUUUUGUUAUUAAAAAAAUAAAUAAAUAUGCUUGUUUAUUUGCAAA